ACGGAGAGGCUGUAAUUUGAGAGUAGCAGAGAGGUAUUAUUAGCCAAAAACCGAAGCGCUGCACUUGAGACAUCCAGAUGUUGCGUUUGAGGCAACAAGUGAAGUCGGGAGUAGCCUACAACUGUAGAAACAAACUUUAAUACAUUGCUUUUUCCUGUUCACCAGCACUAAUGGAAACUGACAGGCUCGAUUAAAGAUAGAGAAGUGAGGCUGUUAUAACAUUUCACGCCAUUUUACCUUGUUUGGACAAAAGGAUAUUAACAGAACGUGAAAGCUACAGCAAAGCCUGAAUUUAAAUGCGCCGCUUGGACGUUAAAACCUGAUUGAAAUGUUUGUGUUUCUACGCCAGGUUGGAGUUAAAUAGUCCACCAGGCUGACACUGUCGCUAAAAUAACCUUUCAAACUUUAACAUUUGAUAUUUGUCAGCGUGUUUUGGACAAGUGGGCAUCAUGGCUUUUCUUCACUUGCUCCUGUGUGCCGGGGUACUAUCGCUGCCCAUGUGUGGAGCCUUUUUCCGCGGUCCGUUACAACCGGAGAUGUCUAACGGCACUUUUCAUCAUUAUUUCGUGCCAGACGGAGAAUACGAGGACAACGACGACCCGGAGAAAUGUCAGAUGCUUUUCAAAAUGACUGACGAGCGAAAAUGCGGUCUCGACGAGGACCAGGACGCCGUCAUACGGGAUGAUUUCACUAUCAUCAAGAGGCAGAUAGAGGACUCGGCCAGGGUGCUGGAGGGGAUCGGGAAAAGUAUCUCGUACGACCUGGACGGAGAGGAUAGCUACGGGAAAUACCUGCGGAGGGAGACGGCUCAGAUAAGCGAGGCGUUUACAAACUCGGAGAAAUCUCUGCUGGAGCUGGAGGUGAAAUUCAAGCAGAGUCAGGAGAGUGAGCUAAAGGAGGAGCACCGGCUCAACGAAGACUUUCUCAACAUGAUUGUGCACACACGGGACGUGCUGAAAGACACGCUGGACAUUUCUCUGGGACUGAAGGACAAGCACGAGCUCCUGUCUCUGAUCAUCCGCAGCCACGGCACGAGGCUGAGCAGACUGAAGAACGAAUACAUGAAGUUCUGAGAGAAAGUAGUUCCUACACGUCUCAUUGCAGUACUUUUUAUUUUUGUUAUGGUGGAGUGUGUGACCAUGAGGCAGGAGUUAAGCAAUUUCAGCAAUCAUGUCAGGGAUAAAAACUAAACUUAAAAGGCCAGUUCACCUAAAUAAAAAAAACAAAUAGCCUACAUUUUCUCGUUUAACUCUAGAGCAGUGUUUCCCAACUUGGGUUUGGGUUUUCUUCCAAAAGGUGAAAAUGAAAGUGUAUGUCUGAGGUCACAAGCUGGUUAAUGGGAUAGGUAAGAGAUAGGUAUGAAGAAAAACAAUUUUAAAUUAAUUUAAAUUAAAUUAACGUUGCCGUUUCUUUUUGUAAAAUACUCUGCAGUUCACCUUUUUAAUUGAUACUCCGAAAUAUUCAAACUAAACAAUCUGAUCAGUUUUAUAAGGGGAGUUGUUCACUGCACACAGCUCAUCAGUUAUACGUUAUCCGUGAUGAGAGGUUGCAGGUACAAGGUUGCAGGUUUCCCUUUAAAGGGUCGGAAACAAAAAUGUUUGAGAUUCACUCCUCCAGAGGAAUGUAGCCAUGCAGCUAUAUGGUUUUGGUUGAAAUUGUCCGUUUGGAUUACCAAACGGGCAAAGAAGGCAACUGCCCCAAUGCUUGAAACUUCCAGUGGCCCUAAAAAUCAUUUUGGUAAUUUGGCUACUUGCAAAUGUUGCCAAUUUAUAUUACUAAAGUACAAUAUUAACUAUGAUGGGUCCUGCACCCCGUUUUGUGGCGGUGCCAUGUGUAUGAAUCAGUUUAAUACCGUAAUUAUUUUAGCUCAUGUGGUCCAUAUUCCUAAUUGAAGUUGUGCUUUAAAAAAUAAAAAUGUAAUAUUGUGAGAGAAACAAACAGUGUUCCAUUCAUGGCAGAAAUCUCCAUGAGGGAUGACAUAAAAACCUUAGCAUAUAAAACCAAAACUGUCUCCGUUGCAAGGAACUGCUGGUGGUAAAGUUAGAAAACGUGUUGUUUUAAACUUAAAAA